AUGAUGGUUUUGAAGCUUUUUGGAAUCAUCUUUUUCUGUGGCCUCCUCUCACCCUCGCAGGAGGUUUUGUCUGGGCUGUCCUGUGCCGUCAGCCCGCGGGCGAUGCAGAACGUUCUCUCAGAUGCCAUAAUUCAUAAUGGGCUCAUCCACCAGCACCUGCAGGGUCUCGUGGUUCCCAACAUCAUGGGUGAAGGGAGUCAGCUGAACUCUCCCACCAGCAUCACGGACCUGCACCUCAUCAAGGUCCGGGUGCCCAGGCUGUCGGUGAUGCUGCUGCCAGGGAUCGGGGUCCAGCUGACCAUCGGGGCAAAGCUGCAGCUCAGAGGCAACUGCUUGGUUGGCCUGCUCUCAGAACUCAUUGAUAUCUUUGUGGAGGUGAACAUUACUGCGAACAUUAAAUGCACGAAUUUUGAGUCUGGCACGUUCCAGGUUGUCACUGAAGACUGCCUCUGCAUUCUUGGGGCUGUAAAGAUCAAGGUCCUUUCUGGCUUACUCACCCUGUCAGUGAAUGAGCUGGUGCUUCGCCAGCUGACAGCGACUCUGCCCGCUUUGCUGUGUCCUGUGGUCGAUAUCGUGAUGAACCUUGUGAACAUCCAUCUCCUGAGCACUCUCAAUGCCGUGAUCCCGGUGGGCACAGCAGGAACAAUCCACUACCAGCUGGCCAGCAUCCCCUACACCUCUGGCAAGUUCCUUGGGCUGGAUUUAGACGGCGUGGUGAAGCAGGUGGGAGGCAGCACCAUCCCCCACGACUCAUCCCCCUCGGCUUUGCCUCCUCUGAUGGACAAGCUCCUGCUCUUGGUGAUGCGCCAGAGCUUCCUCAAUGCAGUCCUGUCCCUCCUGCUCCAGCUGCCGCCACAGACCUUCCCCUGCACGCCAGAUGUUUUCUCCGGUGCCAGCCGCCUGCGUGAGGCCGUGUGGGCCAUCUCUCCUGCUGGGUGCUCCGCCUGCAGUGGGACCAGUCCCCUGAGCAUCAAACUGGUGUUGAGAGGGAACCCACUCAUCCUCUUGGAAGAAAACAGAGCCAGUGUCAAGCUUUCAGUCCUGAUUCAGCUGUUUGGUAACAACUUGGAUGGAUCCAUCCUCAACUUCCUGCUGCUGAAGGCAGACCUUGCUCUAAACGUCCGUGUGUCGAUUGUUGGGGGCAGGCUGGUGCUGCAGCUGGCCUUGGGCAGCACUUCCCUCUCCUUGGAGUCUUCUGACGUUGGCAUCAGUAAUAUCUCCACUCUGAAGCCCCACUGCAGCAGUUUGCUUGUGGAAACAUUCAUGCCUGUGAUCAAUGGUGCCCUGAGCAUCGGGAUCCCUCUGCCAAAGGUGCUGCGCAUCCCCUUGGUGAAUGUGGAAUUUCAGAUAAAGACGGGCCUGAUGGUGUUUCUGGUGUGA